GCGGCGGCCAGAUGCGCGCGCGCAUCCACACGACGAGCGGAGCGGAGCGGAGCGAAGGAGCUGCGCUGGGAACAUGAUGAGCGCGAGCUCAGAGGAGGACCGCGAGCGCCGCACCCGCUGAUCCUAAGAUGCUCAUCAUCUCAAACUUCAUCUCCUGCUUGUUGUGCCUCUCCCUGGGCCCGGCGCUCAACCGCAAGGCGAUGGCGUCCAUGCCAUGCAGACUGAUACAAAAAACCGCCCUUUGCAACAGCUGCCGCCUGUUGUCGGUGCCGACAGACUUGCCGGAAAACAUCGAGGACCUUCAGCUCAACGACAACUCGGUUGAAAUACUUAGGAACUACAGUCUCGCUCGGUACCCUUCUCUCCACAGCCUGAGCUGUACGAACAGUCACCUGGACUCCAUCGAGAUCAAUUUCUUCUACAAUGCUCAGCACUUGGAGAGCCUGAAUUUGGCUGAAAACAACCUCCACGCUGCAUUCCAUCAGUCGGGCUGGGCUCUUCGCACCUUGGUCCGGCUGAGGAAGCUGGAUCUUUCAGGCAAUGGUCUAACAGAAGACAUGGCUUCAUUCCUGUUGCAGAACAUGACCUCCUUGGAGUACCUGUCGCUCUCCAAGAACAGCCUCUUGCGACUUGAUGAAACAACAUUUCACGACCUUCACCAGCUGAGGGAGUUAGACCUCGAGAGGAACAUGCUCUUCGAGAUCGACGGUGCAUUUGAUGGCCUUCACAAGCUGCAGCGACUUAACAUGGCCUUCAACAACCUGCUUUGCUUAAUUAAGUUCCAGCUCACUGAACUGGUGGUGCUGAAUGUCAGUCACAAUGCUGUUGAAUGGUUCGUGUCCAGUCAGGACAUGGAAGAUACCUUUCAUCUGGAGAUCUUGGACCUCUCAGAUAACAGCCUUCUCUUCUUUCCCUUUCUACCUAUACGCAGCCGCAUUCGGAACCUUCUUCUCUCCAACAACCGGAUAAGCUUUUACGAGCACCUUGCGAACCAUACCUCUCCGAACUGGACUACUACGGUGUUGUUCUCCAAUUUAAACAGCAAAGAGAGCCUCGUGUCAGCCAGACUGUGGGAUGAGACCAGCCUUCAUGGGGACCUCUCCACCAUAGAGCUACUCGACAUGAGUGGAAACCAGGUGAGCUACCUUCCUCGAGGAUUCUUAAGUAAACUGGAGUCUUUGAUCAGGCUGAGGUUGCGAAGAAACUGCUUGGAGUACUUGGACUUGGCAGCCGAGGAGCUCCCGGCGACUCUGUCCGAGCUGGACGUUAGCAACAACAGGCUAAGCCUGCUGAAAGCCAGUGAAACUUCUAUGAAUAAACUGAGCAGCCUUACACAUCUCAACCUUAGCUUCAACGAUCUGCAAAGACUUCCCUCUAAAUUUUUCGCCUCCCUUCCUGCCCUCACAAUGGUAGAUCUCAGUUAUAACAGAGUGGGCAUCUGCUCCUUAGAGGUGGAGGACACGGCUGCUGAGUACUCAGACUGUGUGGGGUGGAGAAACACCUUUUCCCUCAAACAGCUACACCUUGCAGGCUGCAGUUUAUGUUUUCUUCCACCCUCAGCUUUUGAGGGAUCACCCUUGACACACUUGGAGUUAUCAGAUAACCCAGGACUCCUGAUUGGAGAAGAUGCUUUAACAAGUCUUAGCAGGACCUUGCAGCAUUUGGGUUUAGGAAACACUGGUGUGUCGAACUUUGACUUUACACCAUUCCAUUAUUUAAGGUCUUUGAACUUUUCUGGAAAUUCACUCGUUGAACUUCCAGUAUCCUUGCUGACCCUUGAUCUGAGGUGGCUGGAUCUGAGCAACAACAAGUUGACCACUAUCCCACUUGGUCAGGCUAACGUGCUCACACAGAGGCUACAGACCCUUUUCCUUGGAGGAAACCCGUUCAACUGUUGCACUUUGGACUGGUACCGACUCUUUCAGGAGACAAAAGCAGUGAACAUUGAAGAUUUGAUGGAAGUGACUUGUCUUUUGUUUAACCAGGCAAGACGCAGAGUUGAUCUUAGACAAUGGGCCAUGUGUGGAGAAAAUAGUGAGGAACCCAGCUGGUGGUAUAUUGUUCUCUUCCUGCUCGUGAGUCUCUCUCUGUUGGGCAUUAUUAUUAUCUUCAUAGCUACAUUCCACCCUAGAACGCUACCGAAAGUGAUCAAGAAGACGUGGCAAAGACCGGCACCAUACUGAAGUAGCUGAAUUUGUUCUGGUUUUUUUAGAUUGCAAAUAAGCUGCAAAUUUGAUAUGAUAUUACAUUCAUUUAAUUCUGUUCUUCAAAAUUGCACAUGAUGAUUGUCUUGGAUGUAGCUGAUGCCUUUAUCCGGCAUCCCACAGUCUUUCACCCAUCAUCAGCAGUAACACACCCAUGCACUAUGGGCAACAGGAGUCACCGGUCCACCUGCAACAGGUCUCUUGACUGUGGGGGGAAACCAGGGCACCUGGAAGAAACCCAUGCAAACAUGGGGAGAACAUGUAAACUGCACACUGGCAGAGCUGAGCUGGAGUUGACCCCAUGAUGGAGAAGCUGUGAGGCACCAGUGCUACCAGCUGUGCCACCAUACAUCGGUGCAAAGGACAUGCAUGGGCAUAAAUGACAAUGAGCUCCUGUGACAAUAAUUUUGCAGUUUAUUUAGCAGGAAAACAAACGGAAUGGAACCACCAAUGUGGUUAUUAAUCUGGUUUCACACCUUUUUGAACGGUUUAACACUUACUGAAAAAAAAAAAAGGGGGAAUUAAUGACACCUUUUCCAAAACGUAUAGCAUAUUUAAUGAUUAAGCAUACUGCUCAAUUACAUUAAUAAUCAUAUUUCAUACAUCUAAUUAUAUCCAGAAACCGCACUCACUGGCUGCAGGGUGCGAAUUUCCUUGUGCAGAUUUAGCACUGUGUGGUUUACCCUGUUUCAGUCCCUGGAGAGCUGGUGCGUGCAUGUGGCUGUGUUUGUCCGCCGAGGUACGCGGGGCACGAGGGUGUGAGCAUGCGCCGUGCGUUUUGCGCAAGCCUUGUGCUGCAAGCUGUUGCUAAAACUGGGAAAGGAAACAUUAAGUUUCCUGUUUUGCUAAGUUCUGCAACUGCCCAGUUUUGUAUCUUCGACACAAGUGUUUGAGGUUUCCCUUCACAGCGUGCAGCUGCGCAAACACACCUUCAUAUCAAAGAGCAUAA